UUUGUGUCUUGUGACCGUCUAGUGCUGGCGGCUAGUGCUGGAGGAGGAGGAGGAACCGGACUCCUGGCCGGAUGGAGGCGACUUUGGAGCAGCACUUAGAGGACACAAUGAAGAAUCCAUCCAUUGUUGGAGUCCUGUGCACAGAUUCGCAAGGGCUUAACCUGGGCUGCCGCGGGACCCUGUCUGACGAGCAUGCCGGGGUGGUGUCCGUUCUGGCCCAGCAGGCAGCCAAGCUGACCUCGGACCCCACUGAUGUUCCUGUGGUGUGUCUAGAGUCAGAUAACGGGAACGUCAUGAUCCAGAAGCACGACGGCGUCACCGUGGCGGUGCACAAAAUGGCCUCCUGAAGCCUCGGCAGCCCGACCGCAGCCAUCGCGGGGCUGCGCCUCUCCGUGCGGCUUGUCUCUCGCACUGUGCCGGCUGCAGUAGUUCGGCUACUCCCUGACUGUGCUCUUGGCCCUUUUGUACUGUGUUCAGGGCGAGUUGCCUGUUACCGCUCCGCGGGCUGACUUUAUCAAAAUAUUAGCGAGAAAGACCCUGUUUCAAAGCGGCAGGUGACUUUGUACAUAGAAUUUCGUCAAUGUUCAAUAAAUGUGGUUGGAGGAAA